CUGUGCCGGCUGCUUCACAUCCGCAUCAGGAAUCCUUCAAGUCCUGCAGAUUGUCCAGAAGCUGAUCUAAAAAGGACCAAGCAUGGCUGUCGUUAGUGGAACGUACCGCAUGGUGUCGGAGGAGGAGCAGGCUCUCAGGGCCAAGCUGGAGCAUCUGACCGUGAAGGACCACGGGCCCGUGUUCGGACCCUGCGCCAGCCUGCCAGACCACACCAGACAGAAGGCCAAAGACGAGCUGAAUGAGACGGAUGAGAAGCGAGUGUCUGCAGUGAAGGAGCUGCGAGCGAUCAUCAAGGAAAAGGCAGACGCUGGAGAUGAUCUGGCCAAGGGGGUGCAGAGCACCUUUGGGGAGAAACCAGACAGUCUGCUGGUCCGCUUUAUCCGUGCCAGGAAGUACGACGUGGCCAGAGCCUUCGAUCUGAUGAAGGGAUAUGUCCGUUUCAGGAAGGAUUACCCCGAGCUGUUUGAGAAUCUGACUCCAGAGGCGGUACGGAGCACCAUCGAGGCCGGAUACCCCGGCAUCCUCCACAGCAGAGACAAAUACGGACGUGUGGUUCUGCUCUUCAACAUCGAGAACUGGGACUACGAGGAGAUCACCUUUGAUGAGAUCCUGCGGGCCUACUGCGUGAUCCUGGAGAAGCUGCUGGAGAACGAGGAGACUCAGAUCAACGGCUUCUGCAUCAUUGAGAACUUCAAGGGCUUCACCAUGCAGCAGGCUUCAGGAAUCAAACCUACUGAGCUUAAGAAGAUGGUGGACAUGCUCCAGGACUCCUUCCCUGCACGGUUCAAAGCUGUGCACUUCAUCCACCAGCCCUGGUACUUCACCACCACCUACAACGUGGUGAAACCCCUCAUGAAGAGCAAGCUGCUGGAGAGAGUGUUUGUCCACGGAGAUGAACUGGAAAACUACUACAAGGAGUUUGACCCCGAAAUUCUUCCAUCUGAGUUUGAUGGAAAAGGUUCCAAGUAUGACGGCAAGGCCACAGCGAGCAAGCUGUUCGACUGACCGUCCUCCAUCCGGUUACAGGCAGCCUGAGGCCUGAGAUGAGGGGGAGGGAGACUCGACAGACCAAGCCAGCUGUGUGGCUGUAGGGAGAAAAGUCGUGAAUGAAACACUGGAGACGGGAUUUCCACAUGUUCUGAUGAAACCAUGUGAUGCAGAUAAAAAACAGUUUAUAGAACAUUAAUUGAUUUUAGCAUUUAACAAAGUUAUUAUCCAAGAAGAAUCACUUCACAUUUACACUGAAACCUCCUAAGAGGUCAAAUGUCAUCCAGAAAGCUAACAAGUCAUCUAUGAGUCAUUUGUCCGACACUUUCCUACACCUUCCUGAAAAGCCCCCAGAUUUCCACACGCUGUGGUCACAGCUGAGUCACUUCAACGUGACUGGGAAACCCGGCCCACGUUCUCUGUGUAAACAGAUUUAUUAUUUGUUUUACAGAUGUCAGCGUUUUCCCAUUUUACUCGCCAAAUGAAAUGCAUCCAGUUCAGAAGUGAACCUUCCAUGUCUGCCCACUGUUCUGUAGAACUGGGUUUGUUUGAACAGAGGUGCAGCCACACAGCAGCCAGGCCACAGCUUC